UACCUCCUGUGAAUUUCAAAAAUGUAUCAUGCGGCUAUCUUUGUGUAUUUACUGUGACAACAGUAGUUAGAAACUGUCCGGUGAGUGCAUGUUGUUGUAAAUGCACUGACAUGCUCUGAUAGUUUGAUGUGUGCAACGUUAGCAUGCAUGCCGUUAGCUUAGCUAAAGUAACGCUGACCGGACGGAGGAUGGAGCCUCCUCUCACUUUUUUUAUGUUUUAAGAACGGUUACUUGCUAGAUUUAGGUCUAGCAAUUAUUGAAAAGAAAUAUUUAUAUAACAUUGGCAUUUAAGUUUUAUUUCGACUGUCUGUGGUCUUUCAGGAGGGGUUUACUCAUGAGAAGUUAUCACUGCAAUAGACAAUCUUUGGAUUAACCCCUCUCAACCUUCUCAUCAUGUUAUAUUGCUGUGUCAGAAACGUUUGCAAAUUGAAACCCUCACCGUGCAGAGUGACCUUGGCUCUGCAACACACCAGGAGACUCUGCAGUUCACCCCCUGGGGAGGGUGUGGAUCAAGUGAGGACUUUGCUGGAGCUCUGUGUGGACAGGCACUACGUUUCACCGGGUCAGCCUAACACGGAGCUCCUUCAGCGGGGGAUGAGCUGCUGUUAUGGGCCUCUGGGCAUGGAGCUGAGGAGAAACCUGCUGCAGCAAUGGUGGCUCUCUGUGACCGGAUCCACACAGCAGGUGUUUGGGAUAAACACUCUGAGCAGCAGUAAGGGUACAGCAACAGAUGGACUGAGGAUUGUUGAGAGUGAACAGUUAAAACACAUAUUUGAACAGAAAGAACUGAGCAAGCAGCAGCUCCUGCAGAAGAUACAAACACUCAUCCAGAGGUCCCCUUCACUGAGGACAGGCUUUCUUCAAGGUGCCUUGGAGCAAUUUGUCCCCUCGUUGGAGCUGGUGAACAGGAAGCUGCCCUUCGGCCUGGCUGAGACUGGGCUGUGCUUUCAGCCCUCGGAUGGCUCUGGUUGCCCAGCUGAGGUGACCCAGGCGUCUCUGGUGUGGUUCUGUCCUCCUCGAACCUCUUCUCAGUGGCUGGAUCACUGGAACCGACAGAGACUCAAGUGGUGGAGGAAAUUUGCCCUGUCUCCAUCAGACUUCAGCAGUAGUGACGUCCCAGAGGAGGAACUGGAGGAGGCGGCGUCUCGUGGUGUGAGGAUCCUCUACAGUUUCCCGUGGGGACAGGAGCCCGUGGAGACGCUGUGGAGCAGAGGAAGCACCGAGCUGCUGCACACACACAACGGAGUCCACGCCAAACUGCAGUGCCGAGAUGGUCGGAAAUCAGUCCCUCACGUCAUCUCAGUAACUGGGAACAUGGACCGCGGUGUGAUGGCCUUUCUAUCCAACUCACUCCAGCAGCUGAAGAAAGAAGACAGCAAGAAGAAGAUGCUGCAGCGAAAGGUUCUGAAGUUGCACCCAGUGUUGGCUCCAGUUAAAGUGGCUUUAGAUAUUGGCAAGGGGGCCACUGUCGAGCUGCGACAGGUUUGUGAUGGGCUGCUGCAGGAGUUUAUGGAGGCUAAGAUUUCUACGUGGCCUGGGUAUCUUGAAACAAUGCCAGCAUCAAUGGAGCAGCUGAACACAAAGUAUGAUGAGAUGGGAGUGCUUUUCACGGUGGUGAUCAAUGAGAACACGCUGGAGAGUGGCCUUCUUCUGGUCCGCAGCAGAGACACCACCAUCAAAGAGACCAAGCACGUCUCUGAAAUCAAGAACUUUCUCUCCACAUACAUUUCUGCUGCAGACAACCUCUGA